GCCUGCCUCGUGGAAAUACUCGGCUUUGCUCUCUCUCACGAACUGCUGCUUAUCGCCCCCAGCCCAGCCCGCGCAUCGUCAUUCCCCGGGAAUACACUGCACCGCCUAUCAGAAAGUACUGGGACCUGUUUUCAUCCUCCCUCCCGACGUCGCACGUCCCUCAUCUUGUCCUGAACCCAAGCGAUAAGGAUUCUAAACAAAGCCACGCACGAACCUUCCGUCAUAUCAGCAGCAAGUAACUCGGCGGCCUGUGUCACCGCUUCUUCGCUGCCCGACUUCCAGCCCUGUAACAAGAUCGUGCACCGUGCGCGAUUAUCAGAGUGAGGCUUUUAAAGUUCAUCCACAUCCAUAAUGGCCACGCAUCACGUUCGUCACCCGUCCCAUCAAUCCAAAAAGUCGCAACCUGCGCACGCACGGCCUUCCAGGCCUCUGUCAAAGCGGACUCAUUCCCACGGAAGCAAAUCCGCUUCCAAAGUCGUUCAUUACAAGGAAGUCGAAUCCGACGAAGACGAGGACUCAAUGGCGGUUAGCUUUUUGAACUACUGCACUGUCUGCGAGAAGCAAAUUAUUGUUCCUAGUAACUCUGUGCUCUACUGCUCGGAAAGCUGCAAGAAGAAGGACACCGAGAAGAGCCUUACCUAUUCAUACGAUCAUUACUCACCGCCAACUACGCCGUUUGCCAACUUCACCUUCGACGACUUUGCCUUCCGCGACAUUGUACCUCAGCGCUCCCCCACUCAGCCUGAGUCAAAACGCUCGUCAUGUGCCUUCUCCGACAUCUCAUCAGACGACAACAGCGCCGACCGGUAUCAGCGCUUUGAUUCGGACGCGUCAAAAUACCUUCGCAAAUUCCAAUCACCUGCAUACUUCCCUGAUACCGUUCGACCCCGCUACAACCGUAACUCCACUUCGCAAAUCAGCUUUAGUGCCGCUCCUUCGCUCUCACAUACCCCGGCCUCGUCGGUGAGCUACUCGCUUCCAUACACACCCGCCACUACAAGGCCUCUCCCACCUAGGACAAAGCCGUCGCAUAGUGGAUCCUAUGGAGCCAAGUCGAUCGACCUGGUUACCCCAUUAACGGCUCCGUCGAGUCCAAAGUCAUACUCGCACAAGUCAGCGGCAUCCAUAUCAAAAACGUCUACUAGUACAAUCGAAGGCGAGAUUGUCUAUGCCAAGUCACCGGUCCCUGAGCCAUCGUUCGCCAGUGGAAGUCUUGGUCGAUUGCUUGCUUCAACACCUCGUUAAACAAGUGCUGUUUCGAGGUGCUUGAUCACCAUCACCACUCAAGUUUUCUUGCAAAUCCUAUCUAAUAUCAUGUCACGGGCGCAUGGCUAUGCGGGCGUAGCUUCGGUACUCUUGGGACAUGCAUAUUUCGUUUCC